AUUCACUGAAACCCUUCUCUCUCUCUCUCACUCUCUCUCUCUCUCUCUUCCCCCAUCAAUCACUUCAUUUACUUCAAAACCCUCUCUUUCUCUCUCUAGAAACCGACCAAAAGGACAAACUUGUAGGCACAACACAAGAAAGCGCUACAUCCCAAAGGCCAAAGAGCCCUUUUGCUUCUCCCCCCAUUUUCCACUCAACAAAAAACACACACAAAUUCGGAAAGUUCGAGUCUUUUCGCAGAGAAACUCAAAUUCCAGCGAACGAAAUUGGAUUUUUAGGGUGAAAGAAAUUAAAUAAAAUUCGGAAUCCAUGGCGGAGAUUCAACCGCAGCCGGUGCCUCAGAUCAACGGCGGAGGACAGUUUUUGAUGGGUUCGUCUGAGACGGUUGGAUCGAAGCGACAGCGGAGGCCCAGCGUCCGGUUGGGCGACAUCGGAGGAGACCAGCCGUACGAUUCGCAGGUGCGCCGCGCCACCAAGCAGUGGAGGCUCCCGCCGGACCACCGCAAAGACGCCAAUAAGUCCUCAAAGCCUCGACCUUUAACGAAUUUAAGCUCCGUUGGGGAAUUCCAUGAAACCCUAGACGGCGAAGACAGAGAGGCCAAUCUCGAUAGUGUUGCCAUUGGGAGCUGGAAGGUCAAGGACGCCAAGAAACGGGCUUCGAGCGUCACGAAACGGGUCAGAUCCAAUUGGGUAUCUUCCAAGAUCGAUGAAGGUGGCGGCGAAGGGGACGAGAAAUUCAGUGGAGCGGAGGACGUCGAUGAUGGGUAUCAUCGCGAUUUUGAUGUCGAAAACUCGGAAAGCCCGUUGAAAGAGCGGAGCCCAAUUCACAGUUCGGAGAAUUUGGGUGUGGAUGGGCAUGCCAAUGGAAGGGAGCUGCUUUACCAUGGAAGUAGAAGACCCAUUAGGACCAGGAUUUCGGAGGGUAGGGAUAACCAUGAUGGUAUUGAGCUAUCCGGGCCGUCGGAUAACGAUGCCAGGGAUUGGAAUUGUAGAGGGACAAGUGGGGUUAGAAUUGGGAAUGAAGGAAGAGGAAGGUGUGGAGAAGAUGGGGUUAGGGUUUGGCUCAAUGGGUUAGGGUUAGGGCGGUAUGCGCCGGUGUUCGAAAUUCAUGAGGUGGAUGAUGAGGUAUUGCCCAUGUUAACACUGGAGGACCUCAAGGAUAUGGGAGUAAAUGCAGUUGGGUCCAGAAGGAAAAUGUAUUGUGCAAUUCAGAAGCUGGGGAAGGGGUUUUCUUGACUCUUGCUUUUGUGACUGUUGGCAAACGAAACACCGAAAAAUCGAAAAAAAUCCUCAGCCAUGGCAAUGUAAGAGACAUGCCUGCAAGUAAAACUGGUUUGAGCUUUUUGGUUAUAUUUUUUUUUCUCUCAAAUCCAACUCAGUAGUAUUUUGGAUGAGUAGAUUUUGGUUUUCAUUGCCCUAUUUACUUUAUUUUUCAUGCUUUUGAUGCCCUGCAAUUUUGGAUCCUUGUACUUCAUUUUGGUAGUAAUGCUGAACUAGUUAUAGUUAUCCAUUGAUCAGAGAACUGUUGUUUUCUUAGUUGGUUCUAACCUUUAGGACAGAAUGGGUAAAAGAAAUGCCUAAAAUUGGUUAAAGGAAGGAUCAAUUGGAGUUAUUUCGUUUCUGCUCUUCUUAUUUCCAUCAAGCAUGCAGAAUAGUUUUGAGCUGAUGGACAGUUCAAUAUAUAUAAUGAUUUCCCAGGUUCUGUGUUCUGUUGAAUUUACGCUUCCUUAUCUAUUAGUUACUAUGAUGUUAAUGUUGUAUAUAGAAAACUAUUGUAUCGAAUUAUAAGCCUUUUGGUAGGUUAAUGAAAUAGUGGCGUUAGGCAAGGAGUUGAAUUUGGAAGUCAGUCUGACCUGUUUUGUCGUGGCUAGCAAAGGGAAAGCCUGAAUGUUGAGAUUAUGAUGUACAGAGUUGCAUAGUUAUCUUUGGACGUUUAACAGUAGAUUGGAUGUCAGUGGAGGGAAUGUUCUCCCGAUACAUCCUUCUUGUAGAACCAGGAGUGGGAUAUAGAGUCCAAGAGGUCAUGCAUUGUUGUUAGAAUAUCCUUGGUUGAUGAGGGUUUUAGGGUUAAUGCUAAGUUGUUCAGAAGGAAAGGUUGCAUUGACCAGUCACAGUAGGGUACAUGAAUUUGCAUACUAACGGGUUGGAGUAUGGCAGGGUAUUAUUUGUGCGUCUCAUUCCAAUGUAACGGGGAUAAAUUGACUUGUGAGAGAUAGAUGUCUAGUAUUAGGAAUCAUGCUUUGAGACCGAAUCAUCAAAGAGCCGACGAUUUGCCUUCUUGUUAUACAUGUAAAACUAAGUAGCUUUCACUGCAUCUUGAUUAUAAUUUUCCAUAUUUAUCUUGUCAAAGUGGUAGGGCUGAUACUGACCUCAUCUAAUUAGACUUGUUGAUCUUAAACAAAAACAUAAGGUUGAGGUUGCAAAUAAUGCUGCUGUUUUAGAGUGUUCCAGGAUUAUAACUUGCACUAGUUGGCUGUAGUUUCUCAGCAAUUUUCAGGAAGCAUGCCUCUGUUCCAUCAACAGGAUGCAAAUUCGAGUUUUAUUGACUAAUCUGUACUUACGUUGUUAUUCUGGCGUUCCCCAAUGUACGUGUGCAAAAAUCUGCGAAGUUUCAUAACAUAUGUUGACUUAAGAAGAGUUCAGGGUCGUAUUCAGCUGAAGUGUACUAUAAGUUUGUGUAAAGGCUUUGCUUGUGUAAUUGUAUUGCAUUUUUUCA